GUGCCAGAGCUCACUGGCACUCUACUCAGUUGUAGAGCGGGAAACGAGCCACAGUGAAGAGACUUAUGUCUGGUGGAAGAAGCUUAGAGCUGGUGGUCGGUCAGGGAACAUCUCUUCCUGCUCUUUCUGAGUACAAAUAGCCAUGACUGAUGACGCAGCGAGACGCCUGCACACCUGCAGGUUUCCACAGGAAUCAUAUCUUCUACACAAGCCAGAGUCUGUGCCUAAGUUUAUCAUCAAUUUUAUCGCGCGAUGUCUUAUCUGUCUGCCCGUAUCUCCCUCCACCAGUACUGUCAGGCUGCACACAAUAUUUCGUUACUGAAGUGCGGUGUGGACGUCCUGUGCAGGCAGGAACAGUUGAGUGAUCCACAUACAGUGAUCUUGGACCACCUGAGAGCAGCAGGCGACCAUGGCCCCGAAGUGCAAGGUGUGUAGCGACUCCUACUCUCCUGGAAGCAAGGAGCCGCUCUCCCUACAUUGCGGCCACAGCUUCUGCAGGGCGUGCCUCAUCAAGCUCAAAGAUACUGCCGGCAUGGUGAAGUGCCCGACUUGUCGCAAGACCCACGAGCAGCCGGGGAUAGACAGCCUGACCGUGAACUAUGACCUCAUGACGGCCAGCGUGACUGGGACGAGAAGUGUCUCGGGAUCGGAGAUUUCUCCGGCAGGUUUUGGACCGCCUCCAAAGGGUGCUAUAGCCAUCGUUGUGAAGGACCUUACAGACCAGCAGUUCCGUCUUCAGAUUCAGCCCACCUCGAGCGUCAAAGACCUGAAGAGCGUGUUGCAAGCGCAGUACGGCAUCGCUCCGGAGAACACCCGCCUCCUCUUUCGUGGACGUCGACUCGAUGACCUCAAGACCCUUCAGGACUAUAACAUCGUCACCGGGAAUAUAAUUCAGAUGUCUACGAAGUACGUGGGUGGCAGGGCGGAUCAGGAGACGAUAGGAGCUAUGGCUGGCCAGACUAAUGACGCUAUGGCUGGCCAAACAACAGGAGCCAUGGCUGGCCAGACUAAUUGAGCUAUGGUUGGCUACUGCUGAUAUAAUGUGAUGACUCUCGUCUACCCUCUAUUGAGACCAAACCUCUCUGCUUCGGACUAUGUUCACGUGGUGAUAUUUGUUCCUUUUUUCAUAAUUUGUAACAUUUUGUAAAAACUUUUGUAUCUUUAGUUUAUAAUCGCCAUUCCUUCACUCUGCUGAUGUUGAAUAUUAUCAUGUACUGUUGUUCCCACAGCCUCGUUUGUCAGGUCCUACCAGGUCUUCCUAUGUCAGGUCCCACCAGGUCUUCCUAUGUCAGGUCCUACCAGGUCUUCCUAUGUCAGGUCCCACCAGGUCUUCCUAUGUCAGGUCCCCACACAGCUCCAUUUAAUUAAUUACAGGAGCACAAUCUUCCUGAUGCAGUGGAGUCGCAACGGUGUUCCUUAUAGAAUAGUUAAUAUUGCAUUUUAUGAGCUGACUUCAAGAGUGUUAAUGUUUAUGAGUAAACAUUAUGAGAUGAGGCUAUAUAUAGGAAUGUUGACAAUAUUAAUACUGUUUAGAGCCUAGUGUUAACAAUGAUAUAAUGUAUAUAAGGGUUUAUAACCUAACAUAUAUGUUUCUAACGAUCAUAAUACCAGCUCCAAUUUACCGGCAUCCAGUUUAAAAGAUCCUGAGGCAACCUUAGACUAUAUUACUCCGGCAGAAACUUAAUAAUAUUCGCCACCAUGAUGAUUCUGAAGGCAGGCAACUAUAAUGAUAGUCUAUAAUGAUUACUAUCUUCUUCGUUACAUUUACAAUGAUUACUUGUAAUUCAUACUUACAAUGAUUAUAUUUAAAAGCAUAACCAAUUUGAUUUGACUAAUGACACAAUACAAUUAUAUAAUA